CACAGCCACUGGUAUAGGACAGGUCUCUCCCUCUCCCUCUCUUAAAUAUAAAUCAAAAUAAAUAUUUCUUACAUUUUUUAUUGACCAUAAAAAUAAAGCCUUCCGUUUCUUCCCAAUACAACAGUGUCUUUACCACAGCCUGGCUAGAGAAAGGCCAGCAUCUCUUAUGUAUAUUAGGAAUUGGGUUCUCCUAGUUGGCAAAGAUUUUGAUUCACUCUGGCCGCUUCAACAAAUUUGAAGUGUUCUCGCACCUCCAGGAGGGUGUGGGGUGAUAGCGAGGGUGUGAUAUUGCUGUGUGUUUUAAGGCGAUCAAGAUCAUCUCAUGUUUGGAGACUGUGCCGUGUUAUGGAGGGCUUGUCUCUUGAUUAUGGCUAAGGUUUGCUAGGUUUCUUGAAGCUUGAUGGUAGUUGGAGAAUUUAAGUUAGUAGAGUCAGGUCAUUGUUUUAGGUUCGUAAGUGUGGAAGCUAGAAGCAGCACAGUAUAGUUGUUUACCUAUUACGUUCUUUAUGUAAUUCAUAAGGUUAUUUGUGGAUGUAGCUUGUGUUAGUGUGGCUACAAUGGUUAGGUUCUCAUGUUUCAAUGCUCACAUCCCUUCUCACAAACCAAAGAAAACUGCCGAACUUUCUGUUCAAGCAAUGCAUAAGAGUUUCGAAGAUUUUUCUCAAAUUCAAUCUCCUAAGACACUGACCAAAGCUACAAGCUUGAUACUUCUGAAGGCACAAACAGAUACUGGAACUAUUAAUAGUGUCAGGGAUGCUACAAGCUCUGUAUCUGCUGAACAAAGCUGGGAAUCCGACAAAAUUGAGGACAAAAUGGAUUUCAAGAAUGACAUAGGAGUUCAUCAGACAAGGCUUAUUAAGAAAAGUCAGUCUCUUGGAAGUGGAUUAUGCCAUGAGGGAAUGGUUCAUUGUGACAAUGAUACUGAGGAGGAGACAGGUCAAGGAUUCUCUGGUGAUUCCCUUGAUCAAAAUGGGUUACCUAGACCAGAUGGCAGCAAGGAUACAGGAAGGAGCCCUACUAGCGUGCAUGAGAAAGAUUUGCAACUAGAGUCUGUUCAGAUGAGUUUUGAUUUUGACAAGGAAUGCAUAUUCUCAAUUGGCAAUCCUCAGCAUUCUGGAAAGGAAGAGCUGGAAAUUUCUGAUUUUCUGUUAUCUGGUGAAGGUGGUGAUGCAUCAGGUAACCAGUCGCCUGGUAGCCCUCCCAUGAUUGAAAAAUCAUGCUCAUUUCCUGACAUGGGCACUUUUUCACCCACAUCCCAUGGACAUUUAGCAUCUCACUCAAGAUCUUUUGAGGACCUGCAUUCUCUAAAUAUGAGGUGGAAAACAAUUUCAAUUAAUGGGGAUGAAACUCACAAAAUGAGAAAAGAAGGAAGGGGUGAUUGCAUUCCUAAAACUGAGGGAAACAAUAUUGAAAGUUGUCUUGAUGAAGGUUUUGAUUCGUAUAAUUACUCAGCUAUGGCAAAGGAUUGGAUAAUGCCAGUUGUGAAUGAAGCAAACCUUCCAAAUAAAUUCCAAGGAGAAUCCUCCACUCAGCAAUUGGAAGAAUUACCAAGUAAGGAUUUUAAAAUGAAGCGUAUUGCGGACUGGCUAAACAAUCUUCAACACUGUAGUUCGUUCGAAGAACCAAAUGAAUUGCCUGAUACUGAUGACCCAGUGCAUGGAGAUUCAGAUGAUUUUUCCUCUGCAAAGGUUGAUAGCAAGGUCACUCCUGUCACCGAAGCUGCUAAAAGAUACAUCUCUUCGUUGACUGUCUCUGCCACCACAGCUCAUCUGUCAAACCUUGGGCUGGCAGAGAUCCCUUUUCUUAGUGCGUUUAGCAGCAUGAGGAUGCUUAAUCUAUCAGGGAACUCUAUAGUGAGAAUAACUGCUGGUGCCCUCCCUAGAGGACUUCAUGUGUUGAAUUUGUCAAAGAACAGCAUUUCCUCCAUUGAGGGUUUACGCGAGCUUACUCGACUUCGUGUAUUGGACUUGAGUUACAAUAGAAUAUUCAGGAUUGGACACGGUUUGGCAUCUUGUUCCUCCCUGAAAGAGCUAUACUUGGCGGGAAAUAAAAUAAGUGAGGUAGAGGGUCUCCACCGUUUGUUGAAACUAACGGUACUGGAUCUGCGCUUCAACAAAAUCUCGACCACCAAAUGUCUUGGCCAACUUGCAGCUAACUACAAUUCGUUGCAAGCCAUCAGCUUGGAAGGAAAUCCAGCACAGAAAAAUGUUGGAGAUGAACAACUCAAGAAAUAUCUGCAAGGUCUUCUCCCUCAUCUGGUUUACUUCAACAGGCAGCCAACCAAAGCCAGCACAUUGAAAGAUGCAGCGGACCGAUCAGUUAGGCUAGGCAUCAGCUCCCAUCAAUUUGAUCGUGGCCUCAGGUCAGAGAACAAAGCUGCAAGAAAGGCUAGCCAUAGCCUAGCUGGUGCUAGGCCAUCGUCCUCAUCAACUCAUGCUCGUAAAAGUCAUGCUGUAACCUCACCUAAACGGUCCAGGGGCAGGCAUCUCCGUUUGCCACCGAAUGGAGCCAAAACAACAUCUAGUCAUCGCUAUCAUCAUAAUCAUGCUGAUCUUGACAAAUUCAAUUAUGGAUUGGAGUUCUCAUUUCACAGGAGUCGAAGUGAGGGAACUCUGGGAGCUUGCUGAGGUUUUCUAUUAUGCUUUCAACAGCAUGGUUGGUACUCGGAAGAUUACUUUGUUUGGUUGUGUGGUUUUCUAUCUUCGUAUUAUUUCUCACAAAUAAGGCAGUUGCCAUGUUCGUGCACCAGAAUUAUCCUAUCUCUUGUUUGAAGUUUGAUGUUGCAAAUUAUCUGUUAAACAAUGUUUGAUGUGGUUUCCCCUCAUAUGAAUUUCUUUUCUUUA